ACAAGUUCUCCAAAUGUCAAUCCAAAUAAAUUCUUACAUUGUGCAAAUUGCCAAGGACUUUUCAAAAAAAGAUUUCUUUGGAAACAUAUGAAAAGGUGCCCACUUCGAGGUGUUCUUCCAAAACCGGGUAGAACUCGAGCCCAAUCGAUUUGCGCCUUUGCGCAACCUGUGCAGGAAGGAGUUAGCAAGGGACUGUGGAAACUUCUCAGUGACAUGAAACAAGGUGAAGUGGUAGAUGUCAUAAAGAGUGACCAUUGUAUCCUCAAGUAUGGCGAACAGAAAUACAACCUCAUGGGACACCGGCGUUCUGAUCAUGAACUGAUCCGUCAGAAAAUGCGUGAGUUAGGGAGACUAGUUUUGAAAGGAAGGCAGGUGUCCCCUCUCAAAUCACUUGAGGAGUACAUUGAUCCAGCCAACUUCCAACACACAGUUAAUGCAGUUAAAGCUGUUACAGGCUUUCAGUGUGAAACAAAUAAGAUAGCAGUGCCAACUCUAGCCAACAAACUUGGUCAGAGCCUCAUGAAGGUUGCCGACAUUGUAAGUUGUGAUGCAAGGAUCUCCGGUGACACAACAAAAGUUCAAAAAGCAGAGGACUUCAAACACAUCUAUCAGACACGCUGGAGGGAGAUGAUCUCAUGUCAUGCUCACAAUACCCUGGAAGAAAAAAGGUACAACGCUCCACUGAUCUUGCCAUUUGCAGAUGAUGUCAAGAAACUCCAUAUAUAUUUAAAGGAGAAACAGCAAGAAUACUACAGCACACUUUUUAAUGCACCGAACACCAAGACCUGGGCAAAACUGGCUAAAGUCACUCUUGCACAAAUGAUCAUCUUCAACAGAAAAAGGCAAGGAGAAGCCUGUCUGAUGCCAGUACAAUCAUUCGAGUCUCGAGACAAAUCUACUUUAAAUAGUGAUAUUGCUGACUCUCUCUCAGAAGUUGAACAAGCACUAUGCAAGUACUUUAGUCGUGUAGAAAUCCGUGGAAAACGCGGAAGGAAAAUUGCAGUACUUUUGGCACCGGAAAUGAUCAAAUCCAUGGAGUUGCUGGUUAAAACACGUGAAGUUUGCGGUGUUCCGAAGGAGAACAUCUACAUGUUUGCAAUCCCAGGCUGCGAGACAUCAUUUCGUGGAUCAGACUGCCUGCGCUGCUUUGCCAUGGAGUGUGGUGCUAAAUGUCCAAAAGCCCUAUCGUCCACCAAGUUGCGCAAACACAUCUCUACAAUGUCCAGAGUUCUUAACAUGAACGACACAGAAAUGGACCAACUUGCUGAUUUCCUGGGACAUGAUAUUCGUAUCCACAGGAAAUAUUACAGAUUACCCGAGGGAACACUCCAGCUGGCAAAAAUCACCAAAGUAUUGAUGGCAAUGGAGCAGGGAAGGCUUAACGAAUUCAGAGGGAAAGGUCUUGACCAGAUCAGCAUCAAUCCAACAGAGUGCGUUGAGCCUGAUCCUGGGAUAGAGAGUGAAACCGAACUGUCAGAUCAUUCUCAUGAUGUGACGUCAAGUGAGACAGCAGGCACUUCAGGAGUGAAUAGCAGCAGGCCAGUAAACACGAAUGAAGGAUCUCCGGAGAGGACACGGGAGGUCAUGAAAGUAACCUCAGGUAAGGAACCUGUCCAGUAAUAGUUUUUAUUUGCUUUAUUUAUAAAAGGUCAACAACAUCAUAAAGAAUACAGUAGUAUAAAAAUAAUCCAGUCUUGCACCUACAACACGUGCAGUGCAAUUAAUGUAAUUUUCUUGUCAUUAGUUCCUAGGAAGAGAAAGUGGAGUGAGGUGGAGAUUGCGGCUGUAGAAGAGACAAUGAUGAAAUUUAUUCACUCGGGAGUUACUCCUGGAAAAGUCGACUGCGUUGCAUGCAUUACAGCAGCCCCCAAAGCCCUCGGUGAACGAGACUGGCAGGCGGUGAAGUAUUAUAUAAAAAACAGAAUCACAGCAUACGAGAGAAAGACCUCAAAAAAGUAAGGUGGAUUUUGGAUGUUGAUUCCGUUUUUGCGUUUUAGUUGAUUUAUAUUGUUUUGUUUUGUUUUGGUCUCAAUACCAUUGUUGGAAACAUUAUAUUGUAAUUUAAGUUUUGAAAGAGUUAAAACGGCUCGAUGUUGGUUGUAAAUUUGGUGCUUGGACUUCUUUUUUUUAAGUCUGCUGGCAAAAUGCUGUGUCAGGUGAUAAGGAGUUGGUGUAAAUGUUGUAGAUUUACUGUACAGUAGCCAUACGACAGAGUGAGUGCCUAUAGUUUUCAAUGCCUUUAUUCAGGCCCCUUUACUUUUCACAUUUUAAUUUUAAAUUGAUUAAUUUAUUUUCUGAUGGCACAUUAGACGAAACGCAUCAUAAAAACUAUAUGUUGUAAUAUCUGGUGGCAAGCACGGAACCCAUACUGUACUGAUUAAAUUUGGCUGUAGAUUCAAUUUGUAUCAAGGUCGUUUUUAUUUCUCUUGGAUUUUUUUUUUUAAUGACUUAAAGAUUAAAUUCUUAGAGCAUUUCAAAACAAGACAAAAAAAACUCCAUUCCACUGAUAACGUUCAUAAUUUUAGACAAUUUAAGAAUUGUAGCUCUGAUCUAACCUUUCCGAAUGUGUUAUUACUGGUUAACUACAGGAUACUUAACUUUACCUCAAACAUAAUACAUACUUUUAAAAGUAACCUUACCAUGUAUACGUUUAAUGGGUUUUUUGUGUGUAUCUUCUUGUUUGUGCUCUGUCAGUAUAAGGGUCGGUGUUUGUAAAAGCACUCUGUGACAACUUAGUUUUAAAGGGCUUUAUAAUAUAUAUUAGAUUGACUUUGAUAAGAGCAGCUAAAUCACAUUCAACGAAUGUCUCUCAUGGGUCAUAAUAAUCAGUAAAUGUAGCAACUGAAUUGUGUAAGAAUUAGUUAAAUGCAGUAUAUGAUUGUGGCAGUCUUAGUGGACUGAAAUGACUUGCAGUUGAAGAAGUUAAAGUUCAUUUUUGAAGUCAAGCUGAACUAACUUGUUAAACCACCCUAUUUUUAACAAACCAAUAUAACUUCCAGAAAUACCAUUAUGAAUUGGCCAGCUGGCCAUAUUAUGACCUUUCUUUGUCUGUAGAUUACACUGGUUUGUCCCCAGAUUGGACAUUCCAUG